AAGUGUCAUUGCUGUCAAACAAUUUUGAGGUUAUAAAUUAAUUUCGCAAUCGCUCACGAGAUGUUAUGCAGGAAAUUCAGGCAUACUUUAUUCGUAAAAUCUACAUUGAAUAAUAAUGUUCAGUACUGCCUGCUAAAGCCGCGGCUUUUCUCGAAGAGAUGCAUCUUGGACGGCGUGUUUGCUACCGUGAGCAAGUCUGAAGGCAUAAGAAUGUCUUCAAUUCGUUUUGUGCUCAAAGAUUUAAGUAUAGCAAGACUAUGGAGUGCCUGGUCAAGGAGUUUUAUAGUGAAUAAUGUGGUUAGAAGGGUCAAGCGUGACCGUUGUGUGCGGGAAGUGUUCGAUCGGUUCAGGCAGACGAUAUUCAAGCCUCGUAGGACGUUCCUUCUUGCUGCCACUGCGGCUUUUAAAGGCAAGGGCGAUGAUUCUUCUGAAAGUCCACCGAGCUGCCAGCAAAAUAUUACAGAUGAUGACUUAGAGGCCCUACUAACGGAGCUGGAAGGAGUUGAAAAAUUAUCACAAGCUACCCUCUUCUGCACAAGCUGCGGCAAGCGGCUGGUCAUAGACAAAAAACAACCGGGCGUGCGGUACUGUGCGUGCAAAGAAUCACAAGCGUUGGAAGAUUCCUCGGACGGUUGGGUGCCAUAUAUGGAAGUUGAGGAUGUGAUCAUUUGGAGGAAGGAAUACAAACCUGGGCAAGGCCUGUAUGCGUAUAAAGUAUACGGCCGCUACAAGGAAGUGCAAGCGGCGGACUUCGCAGCGGUCCAAGUGGAUGGUGCGUACCGGCGCGCGUGGGACGCGGCGGUGGCGGCGCUGGCGUUAGUCGAGCGGCGAGCGAAUGGCGUGAGCGACCAGGCCGUGCUACAUUGGGAGGUUCUAUGGCCGAGACUAUUCGCGAACCGCGACUACGUCUACAUCAGGCGGCACAAAGAGUUCACUAUCAACUCCCCGCCCCUCCCCCAUAAAGAUGGGAUUUUCACCCCCUCGGAGCCCCAGACACCUCCCGAAAGACCCAACGUUCACUCGCGGGCGAAACAGAAGUCGAGGGACAACGAACGGAGGGAGAUGGAUGGAGGAGUGAAAGAGAACAAGGUGUUCAUAAUCGUGUCUCGCUCGUGCGAGCACCCGAAAGUACCCGAGACGAAACACGCGAUACGAGUGCUGGAAUACUGGAGCCAUAUGGUCGUGAAGACCAUCGAUGGGCCUGACAAGCCCGGCAUGGAAUUCGUUCUAACCUACUACGACGAGCCGGCGGUCGGCGGUCUCCCGACGGGCGUGGCGACGUGGGCGACCGGCCGCGCCGCGCCCGCCUACCUGGAGAGGAUGCGCCGCGCCGCCGCCGGGUACCAGGCCUGGAGCGACGCGCGCGGUGACCAGGACCUCCCAGACUUCGCGCCCUUCGGCCCUCCGAAGCCACAAGACGUCUGCCUGGCCCCCGUCACAGUUAGCGAGCAAGAUAUGGAGUCGUCAAAAGACGGCCCAGAUCUAGACAGCGGGAACGGAUCGGAAACCACUCGCGACCAGAGCACGCAAACGGACGACGCGCCUGAUGGACCGACGAGAGACGUGUUGAUCAAAAUGACGGCGCACGCCAAAAACGACGUUAAAAAUCAACCCGAAGUCCAGACGAAAGUUGAAAAUAUGACGAAAAAAGAGGAACAAUCAACCCCGCAAGAGGGAGACAGCGAUACGCCAGAAGAAGAAGAAAGCAACAACAACGGCAGUUGGUGGCGGUAUUUGUACCCAUUCUACUACUUCGUAUGAGGUACUAAGGUGCACGCUCUUGAUACCUUCGAAUAAGGUCUCAAAUUGGGUGCACUUUUACAUAGACAGUUUUUAAUUUAAAUCAAUCUGUACCACUAACGCGAAAUCCUUUCGUCUUCGAAUCGUUUGCGUAUUCGAAUCGCCAUCGAAAGAUUUAGUAUAAAAACAAUAGCGCGAACAAUAGUGAUAUUUUCUCCAACAUCUAUUGACACCUAAUUUUAUUCAAGUCUUAAAAUAUAUUUCUUUGAGUUUUGCCUUGAAAUUAUUCUAGUGUUGUCAACAAAUUAGUAUAAAUCUCCACCGAAAUAGUAAUAAUGUAAUUACGGUGGCAAUUAAUAUUAUUUAUCUUAAAAUAAACCAUAGGAGUUUGAUAUAAGUCCCAUUAUUGCGGCUCCGAUUUUUUAUGCAAAGUUAACUAUGUAAAUUGAAGAAAAUACAAAUAGAACAAAUAAUUUAUUGUGCAAUAAAAUAAGAAACCGAACUGAGACGCACAUCUUACCUCAAAAAUGAUUACAAAGUGUAAAUAAUUUUAAUUACAUAAUACAAAACUUUGAUUACAUGUUGUAGUUGAUUACUUAUAAAUAAAAUAAGUAAUCAAAAUGUUGUCCUUUAAAUGUAAUACUUUUUAUAUUUUGAUUUCUACUAAAGUCUGGUCGCGGAGCACGUAGAAUUUUGUCCAAUGACCCCAAGC